UAGUCCUUUAGUGUAUCUAUACGCCUCCUCGUAUCUCGUUUCCUUUAAUUACGAAACUACCCUCUCCGUAUCUUUCUUCAAGUCCUCCCUUACCUUCCCUGUUAAUGCUAGCAGCAGCGGCCGUACACGAAUCUCUAUCCAAUGGCUAGGCCAUCUAUCGAAAACGCCGACGAAGAGAUCUCUCUUCUCGAGUUUCACGGCGAGGGCGACCGCUCGUGGCAGCUGAACUUCGACGAUUUUCAGGUUUCUCCUGAGCACAAGGAGAAGAAAUCUCCAAGCAAACUCCAUAACUGUCUUGGCUGCUUGGGUCCGGAAGACAAUGUGGCAGAUUACUACCAGCAGCAAGUGGAGAUGCUUGAAGGCUUCACCGAAAUGGACGAACUCGCAGAACGUGGAUUCGUCCCUGGAAUGUCAAAGGAAGAGCAAGACAAUCUUGCUAAAAGCGAGACGUUAGCCAUCAGAAUAUCAAACAUCGCGAACAUGGUUCUUUUCGCCGCUAAAGUCUACGCCUCCGUCACGAGCGGCUCUCUAGCCAUCGUCGCUUCCACGCUAGACUCUCUCCUCGAUCUCCUCUCCGGCUUCAUCCUCUGGUUCACCGCCUUCUCCAUGCAGACGCCGAACCCUUAUCAGUAUCCCAUCGGGAAGAAACGGAUGCAGCCGCUCGGUAUCCUCGUCUUUGCGUCCGUAAUGGCCACGCUUGGACUGCAGAUCAUCCUGGAGUCUCUUCGCACCAUGGUGUCCAGUCACAAAGAGUUCAGCUUAACAAAGGAACAAGAGAGUUGGGUGGUUGGGAUCAUGCUCUCCGUCACACUAGUCAAACUCCUCCUCGUUCUUUACUGCAGAUCAUUCAGCAACGAGAUCGUUAAAGCCUAUGCUCAAGACCACUUCUUCGACGUCAUCACAAACAUCAUCGGACUCAUCGCAGUCAUCCUCGCUAACUACUUCGAUAACUGGAUGGAUCCACUCGGUGCCAUCAUUCUCGCACUGUACACUAUAAGGACAUGGUCGAUGACGGUUCUGGAGAACGUGAACUCUCUCGUAGGCAAAUCAGCGACGCCGGAGUAUCUGCAGAAGCUGACUUACCUGUGUUGGAACCACCACAGAGAGAUUAGGCACAUCGACACGGUGAGGGCGUACACGUUCGGGUCUCAUUACUUUGUGGAGGUUGAUAUAGUUCUCCCCGCUGAUAUGCCUCUGCAAGUGGCGCAUGAUAUCGGAGAAGCGCUGCAGGAGAAGCUGGAGCAGCUGCAGGAGAUUGAAAGGGCUUUUGUGCAUCUUGAUUAUGAGUAUACUCACAAACCUGAGCACGCUAGUUCCCACUGUUAGCUUUACGGUGAAGGUGUUUCUACGUCUACGAAUUCUUAAGAGAUUUAAGAAUCUUACAAUCAUAUUUGUUUAGUAGACGACCAUUGUAACUAUGUCUCGUUUUGUUGUUCUACUAGUAAAACUAUAAAUUUCUAAAUUAAAAAAGGUUCAUUUCA